CUGACCCGGAAUGCCAUGCCGGUAGCGACGAGGGGUACGGGAGGGAGGACAUGGCGAGGAGCCGCAGGAGGAGUCGCUGGGUGGACGAUCAUGGCAUCGAUGACAUUGGGGGCAACAGGAGGUUACGCCGACUGGUGGCUGCGUGUUGUCGUGAUACCUCAGUUGAAGAUGCGUGAGGCAAGCUGCCUCGUCCUCGGAAGUCUCUUGCAGACUUGGCCAACAAAAGAUGAAUCGCCAGUUCUAUCACAAGCGCAGAUCGACAUAUACGUCUUCCCUUCAUCAGCAGCUUGCCUUGCUCAGUACAGGAACACGAGCGAUCAUUGCGAGCAGUUCCACGGGAAAGCAUACAUGACGUUCGAGGGGAACCCUUCGUUCGCGAGCAAGCACAAGUUCUUGCAGCAGUAUGCGCAUCCGGGCUCUUUCUUCGGGUGUUUCUACUCCGAAGACCGGGAGAGGGUGAUCUUCGAGCGGUCCUUCAGCUGGGUGCAGAUGAUGCUCUUAGCUCUUGGCCUGACUGUGGGGAUGCUGUGCCUGAUAAUGGCGGUACGGCAGCUCGUCGUCCUGAGCAAAGUCUUGACGGAGAAUCGAG